CAGCACUCAAUCAAUAACUCCUUAAGUUGUGACCACAUCUAGAAUGUUCUUUAUCUUAAUUUAUUAUUACUUUCACUUUAUUUAAACGUGGAGGUAUUUAUACUUACUUGGCAUACAAUCUGGAAAAAAUAAAAUAAACACAAAAACAAAAGAAUGCUCCAACCCAAAGACUUACAUUCCCAAAUAAAGUUUACCAAUAUUAUGGUUCUAUGGAAAUUCGUUACCAAAACAAAAAAAAACUAAGCACAAUAAAUAAAUGAAAGUAAUGUUUAUAAGAACAACAAUAACUUUCAGGUUCAUUAACUUUUUUUGCCACUUCAUUUGUUUUCAUUUUCACAAGUAAUAAACUUUCAGAGCCAAACAACUCUUGACAUUGCAAACUGCUCAUUACUAAUUGAACAUUCGUACACAGGUGACGCCAAACAAGACGAGGACGCAGACGACGCACGGCUUGUGUAUAGACGUUAUAGAUCUUAUAGCCGGUAAAGACGUAAAAUCGCGCAAUUAUCAAGGAACGUUGUCGGAUUCUUUUAGGCCAAUGACUUUGAUUAAGAAUAUUUUGGUAAUUAUUGGAAUUUUGCCAUAUACCUGGUGUCUAAGUGAUGAUGGAGAUCCUACUCCUAUAGUUAUUUGGCAUGGAAGCGGAGAUACUUCCGAAGGAAUACCUAAUUCGAUGAUGAAACUUUUAGAAAAUCAUAUUGAUGGUGUUUACGUGAAACGUAUUAAAAUUGGUGCCACUCCAUGGGAUGAAUAUCAAAAUUCUAUUUUUAUGCAUCCAGAUAUACAGGUUUCCUUGGUUUGCAAUGAGCUGCAAAAUGAUUCCAAAUUAUCGAAUGGCUAUAAUAGCAUUGGUCUAUCUCAAGGCGGUGUUUUUCUGCGAGCUGUAGCUCAACGGUGCCCCUCGCCUCCCAUGAAAAAUCUCAUAACUCUUGCCUCCCCACAUCAAGGAGUUUUUGGUAUUCCCAAAUGUCAAUCAAUGCAAUUAUGGAUAUGUGAUAUGAUGAGACAUUUUUUGUUCUUAGCUGCUUACAAAAGUUCAACACAAAAAUUCUUGAUUCCUGCAACUUAUUGGCAUGAUCCUUUUAAUGAGGUCAUGUACAAGUGGCAUAGUACAUUUCUGAGUGACAUAAAUAACGAAAGAGAAAAAAAGGACAAAUAUUUCAGGAAUUUACAGAAACUUGAAAGAUUUAUAAUGGUUAAGUUUCGAAAUGACUCUGUGACACAACCUAGAGAAACUCAAUGGUUUGAAUUUUAUUUACCUGGACAGGAUAGGAUUAUAUUACCGUUGAGGGAAAGCAAGAUGUACACAGAAGAUAAAUUAGGACUUGCCGAAAUGGAUAAAAGAGGACAACUUGUUUUUUUACAACUCGAUGGAGAACAUUUGAAGUAUUCUGAUGAGUGGUUUGUUGAGAAUAUUAUUAGAUAUUUAAGGAGUUGAAGAAACAAAAAUUCUUUUAGUAAAAAUAGAUUUAUUAUUAUUUAAUUACAUUAUACAUACCAAU